UUCUGUAAAAAAAAAAACAAUGAGCAUCGAUCAUUUAUUACGAGAGAAUAACGGUUUUUGUCAGUGAGUGUCUUCCAACACGUGCGAUAGUGCUGUUUGUAAAGAAAAAAUUAGUGGUGGCGUCAACUUAAUAAUCUAUGUAAGUAUAUUAAAAUUAAUACUUUUGAAAUCAGAAAUAUUUUAUAAUAGUAAAUAACAGUCUAAAGAUCAUUUUAUAACUUUAAAAAAUACAAAUUAAUCAUUUUUCUGUUAUAUUUUUUAAUGCCGACAUUAGGGACAGGAAAAAAAGAGAUUUGCCAAUAGUCGGCAGGGGUUGCCAAUUACUAGAAAAAUAUCAUUUUUGACAAAUUUCACCAAAAUUUGAGAGAAGUAUUAAAAAAUAAUCCAAAAACUACUCAAAUAAAAAAAAUAUUUUUGAGUGGAUUUACACAGUAUUCGACAUAACUAUGGUCCUUAAGUCGGCAGUCGCUUUUAUUUGUGUUUUUUGACCAACUUUUCUAAGUUAAGUAGGUUUUUUAAAGAAGCUAUUUGACGUUUCAGAUAGCCAACAUUUUUUUUCAAAGAUGCCUCCAAAAGGAAAAAGAUCAUUUCACAAAUAUACGGAAAACGCCCUGAACGACGCACUAAAUGCCAUAAGAAGAGGCGAUAUAUCAAUUUUGGGUGCCAGUAAAAAGUAUGGUGUUCCCAGGGCAACUUUGCAGGACAAACUGUCUGGUAGAGCUCCUGAAGGCCCAAGAAAGAUGGGACCUCCUACAAUAUUAACAACUGCCGAAGAAGAGCAUUUAAAAAAGUGGUGUCUAGAUUUGGCCAAAUGUGGAUUUCCGAUAAAAAUUGACGAAUUGUUAAACACCGUACAAAAAAUUUUAAAUGAGGAUAAAAGAGUUACUCCUUUUAAAGACAGUCGACCUGGCAGAAAAUGGUUUAACGCAUUUUUAAGACGACAUCCUGAUUUAAGCAUUCGGGAGUCCGAGGGAAUUACAAAGGGGAGAGCCAUAGUAACGGAGGAGACUAUAAGAAAAUGGUUUUCCGAUUUAAAAACGUUUUUAGAAGAGCAGAAUGCUACAGAUAUCUUGGAGGAUCCAUCCAGGAUUUUUAAUGGGGAUGAAACCAGUUUUUCUAUGUGCCCGAAAACUGGAAAAGUUUUAGCGCCAAAGGGUUACAGAAAUGUGUAUUCAAUACAAAAAGGAAACGAAAAAGAAACAGUGACAGUACUAUUAGUCUUUUCCGCUAAUGGUAAAACUGUUAAUCCAAUGGUUGUUUUUCCAUUUAAAAGAGUUCCCAAGGAUGUAGUGAACAGUCUCCCGGAGACCUGGUUCCUCGGAAAAUCGGAAACCGGAUGGAUGAUCAGUGACGUGUUCUUUGAAUACAUUGCUAAUUGUGUCCAUAAAUGGUUAGAAGAAAAUCAAGUCCCUAGGCCAGUUUUGCUAUUUGUCGACGGUCAUAAGUCUCAUAUGACUAUGGAACUUAGUGAAUUCUGUGAGAAUAAUAAAAUUAUAUUGUACGCACUUCCUCCCAAUACAACACAUAUAAUGCAACCAGCGGACGUCAGUGUUUUUAAGCCGUUGAAAUCUGAGUGGAAAAAUACAUUGAGGGAAUGGCAAAAUAAAACGGAAAAUAUUAACAAAGUCCUUUCAAAAUGCACUUUUUGUCCUCUGUUGCAUUCCGUGCUGUCAGCAAUAGAUUUGGAAGACACCAUUAAGAAUGGGUUCCGGAAAUGUGGACUUUAUCCGUUUAACCCUGAGAACGUCGAUUAUACAAAGUGUGUAAGAAACAAUUUGGAAAGAAUGACAAAUAGGAGCGAUGCAAAUAAUGGUUUACAUUUAAUGGACUUCGACAAAGCAAUUCAAGUAAUAAACCUAAUAAGUUCAAGGCUUAAUUCUCGGGGAAUUGACGCUAACAUAGUUGUUGAAGAGAUUGAGUCUCUGAAAAACUCUGAAGGCGAACAAGAUAUUGAAUUAUUAGCCAACGUAACCGUGCAGCCCAGUUCAUGUAUAGUCAAUAAAGACUGGAUUUUGGAAAAAGAAACCCGGCUACGCUCUUCAUCUCCAUUAAAUGAAAAUAAUGCACCGAUAUUGACUUUUUGUUCGUCUCCCACUACAUCCAGAAAUGUAGAAUUGUCGUUAAAACCAACGAAAGAUUCACCUAAAUCAUCAGUAACUAGCGCACUUAUUAGAAAUGUUUUAAGUCCCGUUAACUUAUCCAAACCAGGUAAUCUAUACAAACGUGCAUAUAUUCUGUAGUGCCCAGGUAUAAUGCCAGUAUACACUUUUUCUUUUUCUAACUA